AUGAGCGCGGCCGACAAGGCCUGGGGGGGCCCCGCGGGCGACAGGCCCGCGCCGCCCGAGGAGGGGGGCGGCGAGGCGGGCGGGAAAGAGGCGGACGCGGCCCCCGGGCCCAGCGCCGCGUUCCGCCUGCUGGUGACUCGGCGGGAGCCGGCCGUGAAGCUGCAGCACCCCGUGAGCGGCCUGGAGCCGCUCGCCUGGUCCGAGGACCACCGCGUGUCCGUGUCCACGGCCCGCAGCGUCGCGGUGCUGGAGCUCAUCUGCGAUGUGCACAACCCCGGCCAGGACCUGGUCAUCCACCGCACCUCGGUGCCCGCCCCCCUCAACAGCUGCCUCCUCAAAGUUGGCUCAAAGACGGAAGUGGCAGAGUGUAAGGAGAAAUUCGCCACCUCCAAAGACCCCACGGUCAGUCAGACUUUCAUGUUGGACAGGGCAUUCAACCCGGAGGGGAAGGCCUUGCCGCCCAUGAGAGGGUUCAAAUACACUAGCUGGUCCCCCAUGGGCUGUGACGCUAACGGCAGGUGCCUCCUGGCCGCGCUGACCAUGGACAACCGCCUGACCGUCCAGGCGAACCUGAGCAGACUGCAGUGGGUCCAGCUAGUCGACCUGACGGAGAUUUACGGAGAACGCCUGUUCGAGACCAGCUACAGGCUCUCCAGAAGCGAGGCCCCGGAGGGCAACCUGGCGGAUUUUGCCGAGUUCCAGAGGAGACACAGCAUGCAGACGCCCGUGCGGAUGGAGUGGUCGGGCAUCUGCACCACGCAGCAGGUCAAGCACAACAACGAGUGCCGGGACGUGGGCAGCGUGCUCCUGGCGGUCCUCUUUGAGAACGGGAACAUCGCCGUGUGGCAGUUCCAGCUGCCCUUCGUCGGGAAGGAGUCCAUCUCUUCGUGCAACACGAUCGAGUCGGGCAUCAGCUCUCCGAGUGUCUUGUUCUGGUGGGAAUAUGAGCACAACAAUCGGAAGAUGAGCGGCCUCAUCGUGGGGAGUGCCUUCGGACCUGUGAAAAUUCUUCCCGUCAACCUCAAAGCAGUUAAAGGCUACUUCACUCUAAGGCAGCCUGUUGUCCUGUGGAAAGAGAUGGACCAGCUGCCAGUGCACAGCAUCAAGUGCGUGCCCCUCUACCACCCAUACCAGAAGUGCAGCUGCAGCCUGGUGGUGGCCGCACGGGGCUCCUACGUGUUCUGGUGCCUCCUGCUCAUCUCCAGAGCUGGCCUGAACGUGCACAACUCCCACGUCACAGGCCUUCACUCGCUGCCCAUCGUCUCCAUGACUGCAGACAAGCAGAACGGGACGGUCUACACCUGUUCCAGCGAUGGGAAGGUCAGGCAGCUGAUUCCCAUCUUCACGGAUGUUGCACUAAAGUUUGAACACCAGCUGAUCAAACUCUCGGAUGUGUUCGGCUCAGUGAGAACACACGGGAUCGCAGUGAGCCCCUGCGGGGCCUACCUGGCCGUCAUCACAACGGAGGGCAUGGUCAACGGCCUCCACCCGGUGAACAAGAACUACCAGGUCCAGUUUGUUACUCUCAAAACUUUCGAAGAGGCAGCUGCUCAGCUGCUGGAAUCUUCGGUGCAGAAUCUCUUCAAGCAGGUAGAUUUAAUAGACCUGGUGCGCUGGAAGAUCCUGAGAGACAAACACAUCCCUCAGUUUUUACAAGAAGCUUUGGAAAAAAAGAUCGAAAGCAGCGGGACCACCUAUUUUUGGCGUUUCAAACUUUUCCUUCUGAGGAUAUUGUAUCAGUCGAUGCAGAAAACGCCUUCCGAAGCCUUAUGGAAGCCCGCCCACGAGGACUCCAAGACCUUGCUGGUGGACUCUCCUGGGAUGGGCAACACCGAGGAUGAGCAGCAAGAAGAAGGCGCGUCUUCCAAGCAGGGGAGUAAGCCAGGCAGAGACGGGGACCCGGACGACCCCACCGACGACUCCCUCGCCCAGUCUGGCGAUGCUGGGGGCCGGGAGCCCAUGGAAGAGAAGCUCCUGGAAAUCCAGGGGAAGAUCGAAGCUGUGGAGAUGCACCUGACCAGGGAGCACAUGAAGCGCGUGCUGGGGGAGGUAUACCUGCACACCUGGAUCACGGAGAACACCAGCAUCCCCACCCGGGGGCUCUGCAACUUCCUGAUGUCUGACGAGGAGUACGACGACAGGACGGCGCGGGUGCUGAUUGGACACAUCUCGAAGAAGAUGAACAAGCAGACGUUCCCCGAGCACUGCAGCCUGUGCAAGGAGAUCCUGCCCUUCACAGACCGCAAGCAGGCAGUCUGCUCCAAUGGCCACAUCUGGCUCCGGUGCUUUUUAACCUACCAGUCCUGCCAGAGCCUGAUAUACAGGCGGUGUCUGCUCCACGACAGCAUCGCCCGCCACCCAGCUCCAGAGGAUCCUGACUGGAUCAAGAGGUUACUGCAGAGCCCCUGCCCUUUCUGCGAUUCCCCCGUUUUCUAACGUCGGAGCGGGGCAGCGGAGAGGGCCGGUGUUCUGCCACCGAACAUGCCCCGAGCCUGAAGAGCCGGGCCACGGAGCAGCCUGGUGGACGUGGACAGGCCUCUUCCAGACUGUCAGCAGGGCCUGGGACUUACUUCUGGAGUCAUGCCCUGUCUCCAGGGACUAAAGGGGAGCUUCGAAACGGCUGAAGGCAGGGAUUUUAAGUCAUUUUGAGAGGAGCAUUAGGCCAUGCACGCUUCUUAGCCAGUGAGGAACACUUAUUUUUCAAGUGUAUUGACCGAAACAGUUUGAACAAAAAGAACGCCCUGUUGCUUGCAGGGGCAGGAGGAUUUCCUCCAGAGGGUCGGAUAAGCACGUGGCUGGGCCGAGCAAGCUCUCAUCCUUCCCUUGGUCUGGAACUGCCCCGUGGCAGUUAGAUGACCUCGUACGUGGUAUUCCGUGUACCGACAGCUAUUAAAGUUGUGUAAACAAAGCCUGGGCCUGAGAUUUUGUUCUUAACAAAUAGCUGCAGACCUAUAACCGCCCCCCGCUGUCUCCAUGUAUAUUGAAAAUGUUUUCCUAAAACUGUUUUUAGGAGGUUGAUGCCAAGGCUGUAGACAGCUUUAAUGUGUCCAAAAAUCAGGUGACUCUUACAAGUCCCUAAGUUGUGGCUUGUGUUUAACAAUCUCCGUGUUUCCAGACCUCCUGGCCCAGCUCCUUUGUGUGCGUGACCCACAAGUGUCCAGUCUCCAGGUCGCAGCCCUACUUCAGACUGGCUUGUGUUGACCUAGAGGAGAUUUGUAAAAAAAAUAAUACUUUCCCCUUUUAGUUUAAAUGAACACUUCCAGGAUUUUUAAGGUGGACAUUUCACGACAUUUCACUUCUAUACGGUACAGUAGCAUACAGAUUCCAGAGACUUCCAGAAAGGGUGCUCACAAGCAGAUGCUGGGACUCUGGUGCCAUCUCUGCAAAGGUGCUGGGGCCCAUGAUACAGGUUGUUGCCUGCGGGCUGUGAGGUGGUGGUGGCGGAUGUUGGUCUGAAAACCGAAAAUAGAAGCUGGGCCCUGUGGCGUUCCAGUGCCCCAUUCCUGGGUUGUUUAAGGACGUGCCUUGGGGUCUGUGCUGGCCAACGGGCAUGUGACACGCACGUCUUGAAGUGGCGCUUAUCUCUGGAAAACCUGGUGGGAAAGGCAAGAAGUGAAAUUCUGAGUCAUUACCAACUGCUGUCGUGAUUCACUCUUCAGUGCUUUCCUGCCCUCCUCAGCCUCCUCAGUGACCCGGUGUCCUCGCUGUAGGACCAGUGAGCGUUGGGUGACCGGAGAGCUGCGCCCCUUCCUGGUGCCAGGCGCCCCGCAUGAGGAUGCCUCGUUUCCUGGCCGCGUGUGUUUUGUCUCAUGUGUUUGUGUUUGCCGGUGUCUUCUGCUUUCUCGCCUUGGUGGUGAUUUCAAGGAUACUGAGUGUGCAGGCUUGCUGGUCAGCGUGUUCAAUCGAUUUUUGAGAGAGAACCAGGCAGCGUCGCAGUCAGUCCCGAGUCCAGCGGGGGCCGCGGUGGUGGUCAUGGUGGCGAGCAGCGUCUCCUCACAGUGAGGCUGCCGUCGAGGCACCGCUGCAGGCUGGUGAUCCUGGCAUAAUCAGUUUCACUAUUUUGUUCUUAAUUGUUGACCUGUUCUUGUCGGGGAAGGUUGUGCUGCCACCACUAUAGUCUUUACUUAAAAGAAGCUGUGCACUUGGGGGAGCAUUUAACUACUAGGAACUAAGCUAAAAAGGCUCCCCCGAAUUACUCAUAGGUCCAGGAAUAAAUGUGGCAACCACCAUGCCGAAGACUGGAUCUCCCCAGGGGGCGUAUUGCGGUUCGCGGGGCGGAUGGCAGUGGUGGGUGUGACCCAAGUGCAGACUAGCCCCUCCAGGCUGUGCGUUCAUGCCCUGCACGCUUGCCCCACGCCUGCCUGACCUCCGUGCGGGUCUCAAGUUUAUUCCAGCAGUGGCUGCAUGGGCGUGGGAGACGCGGCGGAAGCGACGUCGCUGUCUGCGGCAGCUCGGGAGCAAAGGUCCCGAGCAGUCAGACCUUCCAGGCGCCACCCGCCCCGGGCCCGCCGCCCGUGGUUCGCUUGUUCCCCUGUUCUGGAUGAGAGGCGGAUGGCGUGACGCUCAUUCCGAAGUCCUCGCGUGUCUGCCGCCCGGACUUCCAGCAGCCUCUACCUGCUGUUACAGCUGCCCCAGCGACCGGUCACUUUUCAGUGUCAGAAGCAUCAGAGCCACUGGCGCAGCGUGACAUUUUUCUGCUUCUCCCGCCUCAAAAGCUUGAGACCGUGGCUGCUGAAGUGUGUGGGCUGGGCCCGUCCCGGAGCCUGACGGCUCAGUUAGGUCGAGGGACGCAGGGCGGUAAUGGAAAGGGAACACGUCCUGUGGUAACUGCCGGGGUAUCGGCCAUGAUGAGAAAGAAACGGGUGCUUGGGGGUCCUGUGACGAGGAGCGCAGUGCUGGUUUCAGGGGCGCCUGCCCGCCUUGCAGCAGUGAAGCUGCUUCGGAGUUUAGGGGGCUGCAGCACUUCCGGGAAUGAAACCAGGAAAUCUGCCCCAGGUCCGUGUCUGGGGGCCUGUCCUGUCCCUGACCCCCCCUUGCCUUUUCAGGGCCUUCAGGGAUUCCCCUUCCUUUGGGCCCCUCCCCUUGAGGACGCCCUCAGAGCUAACAGUGCGUCUGACGUCGCGGGUCUCCCUCCCCAGAAGAGAAUGUUUCAAGGUGGUAGUGUCAGCUGUUAACAGCAUCUUAGUAAACUGUCUGGUUUUCUCCAAAACUCACACCCUUCCUGCUUCCCUGUCAGGGUGUCCAUAACCCACAGCUGCACGUGGGACUGGCGUGUGCUAGAUUUCACCCUGGCCAGCGCCCCGCCCCAGCCAGUGUUCUUGUCAGGCAAGAAGUCCAGGUAGAGCGAAACAGCGGGGCAGAGGGGCAGAGGCGGCAGACCGAAGUCAGGGGAGAGGUGCUGGCGUCUUUGGCGGUGGGGCAGCGCCCCCGGGCGAGCGGGAUGGCGGCCGGCGCUCCCCCUCCCGGGACGGCCGCGGCUCUGCUCUCGCUGCCUUUCUCGGACCUGCUGGAGCUGAGCCGUGAGCGGGGCUGAGCCGUGGGGGAACCCGGCUUUCCUCCUCGCGACGUCACAUGUGGAAACUGCCUCUGAGGCGCUAGCUGAAGUGAGUUGCUUUCAUGUCAGUUGUUAGUGAACGUUCUAGUUGGCAACGCGCAGCAGAAUUAGACUCACUCUCGGGUUCCUUGUUACUAAACCCAGCAGCUUUUUCUGGAAGCUAAAUGAGGAUGUUGGAGUUAAGGCCGUGACAUCUGCUCUGCAUGCCCACCCCAGCUCGCGGGAUGCCGUCUGUCUUUGGGAAGCGUAAGCCCACCGGGCGCAGCAAGAGUUGUUCCUGAGGCGCCCGCGCGCAGCUGGGCUCCCCGCACAGGCGUCAACCCGUCACCAGGGCUGGCGGCCGGGCCGAGGCUGCUGAUAAAAGCAGCCUCCUGUCUGCAUGCACAGUUCUUUAGACCAGACUGUUUCUGGAAGUUGGCUGUGGAAAGCAGUACAUGAAUCGGGAAAGACGGUUAUAAAGAUGUUCUGUAAAGCAGUUCGUCCUUCUGGCAUAUGGAUAUUUCUUCUCCAGCGUCCUUCUGAUUAUAUGACCCAACCUGUUUAAAAUUAUUUUUAUUGAGGUAAUCCAGCUAUUCUUGUCUUGCAUGUUCUUGGCAUUAUAACCAUACUCUAGAGGGGAGACAACAUAUAAUCGAGGUGCCAGUCAGCCUGUUCACUUAACAGUGACGUCACGUUGCUUAUCCACACGGUGCUGGAGAGAGGGGGAGGGUCUUCUCACGCUGGUAUAAUUAAUUACAGGUGUGGACCAUCGGGUUGAAUUAAAUUUCACAACGCUCAAUCUUACGUCGAAGGUAAAUUCAUUUUCCUCACCAUUAUGAAACCCUUUCAUUAAGAGAUUCUGUGAAAUGGUCACAGUGGUGAGGGCUUGGAAACCUUUUAUACUUUAUCAAUUUUACACUUGACUAACAGGCUGGUAAGGUUUAGAGCGUUUUGUUUUAGGCACUAAUGCAAAAUUAAAUGAAUUAUGUCCUUUUCAAGGCUCCGAUUUAGAUUUGUACCUUAAUGGAUGAAAGGAAAGUGAAUCUCAAACUUGUUUAUACGGAAAUAAGACUUUAUAGGAAAAUAAGUGUGUUGUGCAUAGUGAUAUAUAUUUUAUGUUUACCCAGUGCCUGUGCUAACCUUUACACUUGGCUUCACAUUCUGUGGAUGUUUACAGAUGGCAUUUUUAAAAUAAAAAGAGGCAUCUAAAAGCUUAAGGUUGUAGAAAGGAGAUGGUCUUUUAAUUCUUACCAUCUGAGUAGAUGGUGUGUUUUUAGACUUUUAGUGCUUAAACUUUAAAAAAAAGAAAAAAACACUUUCAUGAUACAUUUGGGUUGGAAUACCCCCCCAAACCAGAUCGGCUGUUUCUCUUCUUUGUAUAUAUGUACAUAGCGUUCACGAUUAGAUUGUAAGCUCCUCAAGGGCAGGGACUGUCCACCUCAUCUUGGUAGUUCCUGCAGCACCUAGUGUAAAGUGCCUUGCACAGAGCAGGUGCUCAUGAUGUGUAGAGCGAGUCACUUCCUGCCACCUUUAAGAUGAGGCAUGGCUCGCUCUUGCCAGUGGGUUCAAAGCUGCAAACAGUUAAUGACCAGAGGAGGGCCACAUUCUCUCUUGGCCUGAACUGAGUUUGUGGGUUGCACCAGACCAUGCCAUAUUGUUAGCACUGUUUAGCCUUCUUCUCCAGUGCGUAAACUUCGGCCUAAUUUUAGGACAAAGGCUUUAGGAGAAAUUUGAAGUGGGGAAGAUGAUCAAGAAAAUAAAAUGAAAAUUUGAGGUGUCUGUCAACACACAGUUGUGGGGCAACCUUACUUUAUUUUAGUUGCAACUAAAGAAAAUGAUAACAGAUCCUCUUUCUUUGCCAGUUAUCUGGCCAACCAUCUAGUUAAAGAAAACUUUAACUUGUUUACAGUUGGAUUUCCCCUGCAUUGCGCAUACGAUUCUGGUAAGAGUCUAACAGAGUUGCUGCGGGUCUCCAGUGCUGUACAUAGGGCCAUUUUGUACAUGUGAGAUGACUUGGAAUCUGUUGUGUUUUGUAUGCAGAGCCAUCAGUAUUGUUAUCUUGGCCACUUUUUUAUUCAAAAUAAAUAAAUAACAGGAUUGUUUGUACAUUGUGUGCAUAUUUUAUCGGGUUCACCUGGUUUGUAGCAAAGCUUAGAAACAUCUUUCAGCCUGCCCUUCACCACCAAUGUUAAAUGAGGCCCAGCAAUGGCAGAAGUCAGUGUUAGAGUAACAGCCAUCAGCAACCACUUCAGCAUUCAUUAAGUCUUUGGCUGUUUACUCCAAAAAAAGUAUGAGAAAUAUAAAGGGGAAAUAACCAACAGAACUUCAGUAGCACAUCAAACCACGUCAUCUUAGCAGUGUCAAGUAAUGUCUGGUGAGUACUUAGAUGAAGUACGGAUUGCGGGGAUUUCAGCAAUGAUAAGCAUGUCAUUCAGACAAACACCAAACAGGAUAAGGAAAAUGAAAAACAGCACUGCACAUACCAUAGCAAAACUGCUGAAAGUCGAAAAAAAAAAUUAAGCAAAGAAAAAAAGACUAGUUACAAGAGCUGUAAUGAUGAUGAAAGUGAAAGCAAUAGAUGAUGUUUAC